GGGGUGGCGGCCCGAGUUGAUAUCAUUCUUAAACUCUAAUUCUGCUCUCGCACAUCGAUUACUCGCUCAUUAUGCAGUUCCUCUAAACACCUGCUGUGCUGUUGGACUCAAACAAGCUGCAUAUUUCAACCGGCGUUUAAAAAACCACUUGAACCAGGUGGGUGAUUGACUGUACAGGCAGUGAAUGCUAGAUGCCCCUGUCACUGACCCUACGCUGUCAACAGCAGAAGAGCAGAUAGAUGUAGUUAUCUGGCCAUUGUUAAGUUGACAGGACCAUCCUGGAUUGUGUACCACAGUGGAAUUACCAUACUAUUGGUCAGCAGACGAAUAAUGGACAUGUACAAGGAUUCCUCAUCUAUGGAUUUCAAUGGAGUGAUUUUUGUCUGACCAAAACAUUUUCUAUAGAAGGCCAAGGCUUUCCCUACAAAAUAUAAGGAGCUAGUAUUGUGGUCACAUUUGAACUGAGAUGUUGUUUUCCAACGGCUUGAAGUGGAGCCUGUAAUUGUGAUGAAGACACGGCCUGUUUCUGUUCAUCAGAGGAACCCAGUGUUCAUCCUGUUAUAGCCAAGAAAUCUCCAGGGGAGAAAUUAUUCUCAGACAUCCCUUGGAAAUCUGAAUUUUCAACAAGGGGCUUCUCUGUUUUUCCCUUCCCUCCGCUUCCCUGAAAAUUUCAUUUUUGUCUACCACUACACCAUGUAUCUAUCGAUGCAGAAGAACUUCAGGGCAUUUACUGUGUUCGCCUUUAUUGUAACUUUCACCAUGUUCCUCUUCGGUUUCACGUUGAGAGAUCCCUCUCUGUACUUCUUCAAAUACACCAUACACAAGUCGGACAGCUUCUUCUCUAAUGGCCAGUGUGGCUGUCGACAGUGUAUGACAGAGCUGGAAGACGACCCCUGGUUCACUGAGCGGUUCAACCUGUCAGUCCACCCUCUGCUGUCUAGGAGGAACAGCCUGCUGACUAAUGACACAUACCGCUGGUGGCAGCGCUUGCAGUAUCGUAAGAACCCGGCCGACUUCAGCGAGGUGGUGGAGAAGUUGUUCCAGGUCAUCCCUGAUAAUGAUAACCUCUACAAGGACGCGGGGCCUGAGCGCUGUAGGACCUGUUCUGUGGUGGGGAAUUCUGGGAACCUCAAGGGCUCCCGCUACGGACCCCUCAUCGACUCCAGUGAUGUCAUCAUCAGAAUGAACAUGGCUCCAACCUCUGGCUUUGAGGAGGAUGUUGGGAGCCGGACUACACAUCACGUCAUGUACCCAGAGAGCGCUAUAGAUCUGGACAACACCACAUUUCUUCUGCUCAUCCCCUUCAAGACUCUGGACCUGCAAUGGAUCACCAGUGCCUUGACCACCGGCUCCAUCGAAAAAACAUAUAUUCCGGUCCGGUCCAGGAUUAAGGCAAACAAGAACAGGGUGUUGAUAUACAGCCCAGCCUUCUUUAAAUAUGUCUAUGACAUAUGGCUGGAGAGUCAUGGCCGGUAUCCCUCCACUGGCUUCCUCAGCCUAUUUUUUGCCUUGCACAUCUGCGAUAAGGUGAGUGUGUACGGGUUCGGAGCGGACCGGUAUGGGAACUGGCACCACUACUGGGAUCAUAAUUACCACGGAGGCGCAUUCCGCAAAACCGGGGUGCAUGAUGCGGACCAUGAGAAAAACGUCACCCUGCUUCUGGCUGAUAAACACAAAAUUGAUAUUUUCAAAGGCUUCUGAUAUCUGGAAAUGUCAUUGGCCUGAGACCAUCAAGCCUCAUCAGCCUAAAUCCUGUUGAUUCAGGGAUUACCAACUGGGGAUAAACUGGUUGAAAUAACAUUGUUUCAACGUAAUUUGUUACUGUGUCGUGAUGUGGAAUGCAUGUGUAAAAUGUCUUGGAUUUACAAAAAGUCAUCAAUGUAAACAAUUGUUUUGAGGGUGAAAUUUCAACCAGGAUUAUGUCAUGGUAACCUAUUUUUAAGACACAAUUUAUAUAAAAUGUUACAUUUGUACCUUUUUUUUGUAACAAUGUCAGAUCUUUAAUGUUAUAUCCACUAUCAGACCCUCCCCCCACUUACUUUUUUUCCCCAUGACUAGCUCUGACUUUGCUGAUAGCUACUUCAUUGUGGAUAAAUGUACUUACUGUAGGUUUAACAAUGCAAAAAGGAAACGUAACCAUACUUUAUCAAUCGGAUACCAUCAAUGAUGCUAUUUAGGCCUAUAUAGCAUUUGCCACCGUCAACAGCUAUUUGAAUUCAACCCAGGAUUCAAAGGUUUGAGUCCUUUGGUUAAUUUAAAAGUUAAUAAUGUAUGGGGGGGUUGCGCUAAGCUGACAUGGAAUUGUUUUAGAUGGUCAUACUAUGAAUCCCUUAGCUAUUUGAUUUUGAAUUUUAGAACUCCUUUAGGUAUAAUUUUUGGGGGGGAUAAAUUAUUAAUUUGGGCCUUUACUACUAAAGCGCAUUGAAUAGCACAUUCAUAAAUGGCAAAAAGUAACAAAAAAAAUCAUAAGAAACAAGGUUUUGAAGUGUCUGUCAUAAACCCAGUAUACAGUGCCUUGCGAAAGUAUUCGGCCCCCUUGAACUUUUGCCACAUUUCAGGCUUCAAACAUAAAGAUAUAAAACUGUAGUUUUUUGUGAAGAAUCAACAAGUGGGACACAAUCAUGAAGUGGAACGACAUUUACUCGAUUUACUCGAUGUGCAAAACUGUUAGAGACAUACCCCAAGCGACUUACAGCUGUAAUCGCAGCAAAAGGUGGCGCUACAAAGUAUUCACUUAAGGGGGCUGAAUAAUUUUGCACGCCCAAUUUUUCAGUUUUUGAUUUGUUAAAGGUUGAAAUAUCCAAUAAAUGUCGUUCCACUUCAUGAUUGUGUCCCACUUGUUGAUUCUUCACAAAAAACUACAGUUUUAUGUCUUUGUUUGAAGCCUGAAAUGUGGCAAAAGGUCGCAAAGUUCAAGGGGGCCGAAUACUUUCGCAAAGCACUGUAUAUAAAAAUGUAUUUAUUUUUUUGUGUAUAUAUUUUUAUUUGUAAAAAGAGUGCACGUUCAAGAUCACAGGUCUGUGGACCGCUUCACAAUUUCUACAAUAAACAGCAUUGAUCACUUG